AUCACUGUCCACAUCUCCCUACGAAGAUUUAUGAUAAAACAGAGAAACCAUGUCUUCUCACCGAAUACACUCAGAAUUAUCCUGUCUAUGAGUCUUACCUGCCCAGAGAUUCCUUUAAGCCCAAGGGGGUAUACAAGAAAGGAUCCAUACCCAUGGAAGGCCUGACCACAUCCAGGAGAGAUUUUGGGCUUCACAAAAUGGUACCAGUGAAAUUCCAUCAGCAUGACCCAUACAUUCCAAGCCAAGAGACUAUGGAUUUACUCACAACAUACAAACACGACUUUAACUACCUCCCUGUCUGUCAAGUUGGCCCCAUCAAACCUCGGGACAGUAAAUUUCCGAAUGGUGACAAGAUACAGUACCUGCCUACGUACAAAGCUGAUUAUUUACCUUGGAACCAACCAAAACGAGAUCUUAUUCGUCCAUCACACAAGUUCCGACCAGAGUCUACCUGGUUUGAAAACAGGACCACACACCAGGAUGACUAUACCAUAAAAGGCCUUGUGACUACUGUGAGCUGUAAGCCUCCGGCCAAACCAAAGCUCUAUAACAUCCCCUUGGAGGAUCUAACUAACUACAAGAUGAGUUAUGUGCCCCACCCUGUGGAGAAGCGCUUUGUUAGAGAGCCUGAGAAAUUUAGACCCUGUGACAUCCCUUUUGAGAACCUGACCACGCACAAAGAGUCCUACCGAGGCCUCCUAGGGGAGCCUGCCAAGAGCUCCAAACCUCCAGCCAAGUUGCCUCCACAAGAUAUACCUUUCUCGAACAGCACAGAGUUUCAAGAUAAGUUCCAAGCUUGGGAAACACCCCAGAUAUUCACCAAAGCUCCUGUUUCCUACGUCCCUCCUGAGGAGAAGAUGGAUCUUUUGACAACUACACAGACCCAUUACAGAUACCUUAAGGGUUUCCCAGCUCAAACUUGCCGACCUGUACCUUCCAUUAAGAAUAGGGGCCAUUUUGAAAGCUCCACCACCACCAAAGAUGACUACAAGCAGUGGGCAGCGGUGCAGACAAAGCCAGUCAAACCCACUCACCAUCUGAGCCUGCCUGUUGAGCCUUUGGACUGCCAGACGACCACUAAGACCUGCUAUGUGCCCCACCCACCUGUCACCACUAAAAACUACAAGCCCGCCUGGGUUGGCCCUCAAAACAUCCCUGUGGAGGGUCUGACUACUUACUCUAUUAGCUUUACUCCCAAGGAAAUGGGCAGAUGCCCAGCAUCAUAUACGGAGCCCCCUGGCUACAUCUUUGAGGAAGUGGAUGCUAUGGGGCACAGGAUAUAUAGGUCAAUUUCUGAGACAGGUUCUAGGCAGAACAGCUGUCUUUCUAUACAUGAUGCAGCAAAGUCUGGCCAGAAAGAACUGGAAGUAUCAGCCUGACUUUGAAAAAUUAUUUAAAAAUUGCACAGUACCUUUAAAAGUAGACAACUAAAAAUUAUUCGUUGAAGAAGAAUUUCUCAAAACAGUAACAAAAAUUAAAACACCUACCUCAGAAUGAAAAAUGUUAUCAACUAUAGAAUAUUUGAAUAGCAUGAGAAUCACUUGAAUAAAGGAAAAUGACAUGUACUCAUUGGCUGGUUAACCCCCUGUAACCCUCCCUCCCUCUACUGUAUCUCUCUCACCCCUUCAGGUCCCUUUUGUUCACGGAAUCAAAGAUGAUCUCAGUGACAUUUCUGUGAUCUUGAUCUAAUUGAAUCAUUGUAUGAAUUGAGAUGAACCUUUGAAAAGGUUGAAGUGCCAAAGAAUAAACCUUAUUUUGGGACACUGAAAAAAAAAA